UAAGUCUAAAGUAUCGAUAAAUAGCUAGAGAUCGAAAUAUCAAAAAUUAUAUUUAUUUGUGGUCUCAGCUUGUUUGAGAGUCCUCGUGUAAUCCCAACUAUUUAAUAAAAAUAAAAUAAAUAUGGGUGCUUUAGCAGAGGUUGCUGGCGAUGAAAAUAGCGGCGAGGGUUCACGCACGUUUGUGUUCCAAAAUGAAGGCCAUACUUUAGGUAAUGCUUUGAAAACCAUCAUUAGCCGCUAUCCGGAUGUGGAUUUUUGCGGUUAUACUAUACCUCAUCCCACCGAAAGCAAAAUGCAUUUCCGCAUACAAUCAAAUCAAAACAGAGCUAUUGAUAUUUUAAAAAGAGGCUUAGAUGAUUUGGAAUCACUUUGCGAUCAUACAAUUACCACAUUCGAGGCAGAAGUGAAAACGUAUAAUGAAACAAAUAAUAAAGCUGCAGUAAUAUAAUAUAUUUUAUUUUAAUUAUGUGUAUAAGCUUGUUUAUUAUAAUAAAUUAGAUAUAUAUAUUAAGCA